UCAAUGGAGGGAGCCAAUUACUCCAGAGUGUCUGAAUUUGUGUUGCUGGGACUAACUGAUUCUCCUGAGCUCCAGGCUUUCUUCUUUGUGGUGUUCUCUAUUUUUUAUGUGAUGACUAUAUUGGGCAAUUGUCUCAUUUUGGUUACAGUUAUAUCCACCCCACAGCUUCAUUCCCCCAUGUAUUUCUUGCUUAGCAACCUGUCUUUCAUUGACAUGUGUCUGUCCUCCUUUGCUACACCUAAGAUGAUCAUGGACUUUUUCACCCAUCAUAAGACCAUUUCUUUUGAAGGUUGCAUCUCUCAAAUCUUCUUCUUGCACCUCUUCACUGGCACUGAGAUUGUUCUACUUAUCUCCAUGUCCUUUGAUAGAUACAUUGCCAUAUGCAAACCUCUCCAAUACUCAAACUUUAUGAGUCAACAUGUGUGUCUGUGCCUUGUGGUGGUUUCCUGGACAGUGGGUUUCCUUCACACAGUGAGUCAAUUGGCCUUCACGCUGUACUUGCCAUUCUGUGGUCCUAAUGUUGUAGACAGCUUCUUCUGUGACCUUCCUUUAGUCAUUCAACUUGCCUGCAUAGAUAUCUAUGUUGUAGGGCUCUUCAUGAUUUCAACCAGUGGCAUGAUUGCUCUGGUCAGCUUCCUGCUCUUGCUUACCUCCUACAUCAUUGUUCUGGUCACUAUCAAGAAGCACUCCUCCAGUGGAUCAUCGAAGGCACUUUCUACCUGUACUGCACAUUUCAUAGUUGUGUUCAUGUUCUUUGGACCAUGCAUCUUCAUCUAUGUAUGGCCCUUUACCAACUUUCUGGUGGACAAGAUUCUGUCUGUGUUUUAUACUAUUUUCACACCUUUCUUGAAUCCACUUAUCUAUACUCUGAGGAACCAAGAGGUGAAAGCUGCCAUGAGGAAAAUGAGCAACCAAUAUAUUAGUUUCCGGAAAACUGAACAAUUUCCAAGAUACACUGCUUCUUGUGCCUGGGGCUAUAGGGCCUGCCUGUUUGUCUCGUGGUGUGAUGAUGCUGUCCUGAGGCCCAUCGAGGGCCCUCCUAUUAGAUGCUCUGUUGAGGGAGUGGUGUGGGAAGCGUCUGCUGCUGCUGGAUGCUGUAGGGGUCUGGCAGCUUACCUGGUGCUGAGCUCAGGUUCUAGUGGUGUUGUCUGGUACAUGCUGAGACCUGGUGGUGUAUUUCUGUGUUUCCCUGGGGCUACACUGAAGCACAUUCACGUCUGCCCUUUGGAGGCUGGCUGUUUAUCCUGGGCUGUGCUGAAGCAUGUGGAGUUCUGGCUGCUGAAGGAUGCCUGUUUGCCUGGAGCUAAGCUAAAGCAUGUGAUGGUUCUUGCAGCUGAAAUCUGCCAGUUCCCCUGA